AUGAGCAACGUUACUACGCCGUGGUGGAAACAAUGGGACCCUGAUACCGUUACAUUAACUGAUACUACACCGGAUGAUGUGUGGAAGAUCUGUGUUUUGGAAGGAGUUUAUUACGGUGAAAACGAAUACAACGGUAACUUAGGUGCCAGAAUAUCUUCUGUUUUCGUUAUUCUUUUUGUGAGUACCUUUUUCACCAUGUUCCCACUGAUUUCAACGAAAGUGAAAAAAUUGAAAAUUCCUUUAUAUGCCUACCUUUUCGCAAAAUUUUUUGGUUCUGGUGUUAUUGUUGCAACUGCAUUUAUCCACUUAAUGGACCCUGCAUACGGUGCCAUCGGUGGUAACACCUGUGUAGGACAAACUGGUAACUGGGGAAUCUAUUCAUGGUGCCCAGCCAUUAUGCUAACGAGUUUGACCUUCACUUUCCUUACUGACUUAUUCAGUAGCGUCUGGGUUGAAAGAAAAUUUGGUCUUUCCCAUGAUCAUACCCACGAUGACAUUAAAGACACUGUUGUAAAUGAUGCGGCAGUUGUUUCGACCGAGAAUGCUACGGCAAAUGGAUCUCAUGACACCAAAAACGGAGUGGAAUAUUUUGAAGAGUCAGACGCUUCAUCCAUGGAUGCAGUUCAAUCAUUCCAAGCACAAUUUUCUGCCUUUUUAAUUUUAGAAUUCGGUGUUAUUUUCCACUCUGUGAUGAUCGGUCUAAAUCUAGGAAGUACUGGUGAAGAGUUUUCCACCCUAUACCCUGUUCUAGUGUUCCAUCAAUCCUUUGAAGGUUUGGGUAUCGGUGCAAGAUUAUCAGCCAUUGAGUUCCCUAGAUCAAAGAGAUGGUGGCCAUGGGCUUUGUGUAUUGCGUACGGGUUAACUACUCCAGUUUGUGUCGCUAUCGGUUUGGGUGUUCGUACCAGAUACGUCAGCGGUUCUUACACUGCUCUAGUGAUCUCUGGUGUAUUGGAUGCCAUUUCUGCUGGUAUCUUACUGUACACUGGUUUGGUUGAACUACUAGCAAGAGACUUUAUAUUCAAUCCUCAUAGAACAAAGGAUUUAAAAGAGUUGUCUUUCAACGUUAUAUGCACUCUUUUCGGUGCUGGUAUCAUGGCUUUGAUUGGUAAAUGGGCUUAA